GCUGUGCUAUGUGGGGGCCACCAUCUUCUACAGGAGCUGCACGUAUCCUCAGGCUCUUUCGGCGAUUGGGACGAAGCAUCUUGUGUGCUCAGGAUGCGCUACGUGUUCUGUUACAGCGAUGUCAAAUUGUCAUCAGAUUUAAGGAAUCAUGAGCGCAAGGAGCCAUCUUGAGGAACCAUCAGCUGCCGACUACUUAGUCAGGAGAGCUGCGAGGCUGCAAGUGGAGAAUGCAGCGCUUGCGCCGAUCCACUAAGAGACUCUCGCCCUCUCUGAAACAUCGACAAGGAAAUCUUAUGUUCCAGUGAUCUAAAAAAUGUCACCUGCUGAGUAUUUUGUCAGGAGAGCUGCAGACUGGAGUGGUGCUUGCGGCUGGUCGUCCAGGGCGAACCUUCAGGAAAGGGCAACAGUUGAGCAAUGCGGGAUAGGAUUGUAACUGGAAAGGAGUGGUGAGAUUAUGUUGACUCCAACCAGAAAUGUUCUGUGAAUGUGAACAAGAAGGGCAAUGGGAAAGGUGGAGUAGAGAGGUACUUGGCAAGGAGGAGGAGGAGGAGGACAGGAAGAGAAGAAAGGGAAAGAGAGGAGUUUGCUGUUGUUCCGAAGGUCUGCCGUCCUGCUGAUGGCACUGGUCUGCCGAUGAUAUGGACCUGUUAUGUUUCAGCCUAGGGGGAGGGGGAAGAGGAGGAGGAGGAGGGAAAGGACGGUCCAGAUUCUGCUAAGAGUAGAUUGUGAUGGACAUCAUUGGGUAGGAUCACACUCCGGCGGACUUCCUUCAAAGACAUUGGGCAAGGAAAGCCUCUCCCUGGUUGGCGCUUCUGAUGCGUGGCAGCAAAAUGUCGUUGCUGAUGUGGCACGUUCGGCAUGGCCGAUCUUUUGUUCGGACCAUAAUGCGCGUGCAAGGAGUUGCUUAUUGUCCUCCUCAUUCUACGCCUCUUGCUCUUUCAGGCGGCACCUAUCCAGGGGCUAUAGGUGGAUGCUUCAAAGGUGUGCUAGAGGCUCCAGGCAGCGUGUCGAGGGUGGAGGUUGGAGUCAGAUGGGAGGGGAAGAGGAACAGGUCAUCGGGGGAUGGUGUGUGGCAUCACGUCAAAGGAUCGCCAAGACUGGGGACAAGAGUGAGAGGUGAGAGCUCUGACGUCCGACACGAGCAUUGUCAGUGCAGUUUUCUCCGACAAAAUCUUACUCGACGGAGACAUUGUGCACCGAGCUGGACAAGAGGGAGGGAGCUGUCUGGUGAGAUGUGUUGUGGGCGAGGACUCCAUGUCACUGCACAUGAAGCCCGGUUGCAGCUGGGUAAUCCGGCAGCAGCAGCAGCAGCAAAAAAAACAGGGCUGCCACGUGGGCCACAAGCUACGAACUUACGCCUGACACGAGCGCUGUCAAAGAAGGUGACAACGAAGAAGUUGAGGAUGCAUCGAGGCAAACGGGAAGACGACGGCGAUGGUGCCGAUGACGGUGAAGAUGUUCGCGGUCUUGACGAUUUCCAGAGCCUUUCACCUCCUGGCCUGGCGAGCAAUGCCGUGGGAGGAUUGCCUCGCUUCCACGUGGAUUCCCUGCCAUCUGAAGAGGGUGCAGUUGCUCGCUUGGUGGGAGAUGAAUUAUGGCACCUCAGAAAGGUGCUAAGGAUGAAGAAGGAUGAUGAAUUAGAGCUAUUUGAUGGGAGGGGAGGCUUGACGAAGGCACGCCUUCUACAUGUAGGUCAGGAUGAGGCGAUGGUAGAAGCCAUGGAGGCGACAAACGUUGUUCCUUACCUUGGGCCCAGGUGGGACAUGGUCGUCGCCUGUGGCAGUCUGAAGGGGGGACGCGCCGACUGGCUGGUCGAGAAGUGCACGGAACUGGGAGCUCAUUCUUUAGUUCCGCUUUUGACGGUCAGAUCACCAGAGAUCAAGGGCGGGAGGAUGGAUCGUUGGUCGCGAGUGGCCAUGGCUGCCACCAAGCAAUGCCAGCGUCUGCACAGCCUUAUCAUCGAUACCCCGAUCUCCUUGUCGGCUCUUCUUCCCAGGGUUCAGGAGGCUAAGCUGUCUCUACUUGCUGUGGCCAUGAGCCCAUCUCUGGCAACUGUGUUCGCUACACAUUCCCGAAGCUUCGAGAAGGUGGAGGGCAUGGUCAUUAUCGGGCCGGAAGGGGAUUUUACCACCGUAGAAAUUGCCGAAUUAAAGGGUGCCGGUGCUAUACCUGUGGGUUUGGGACCUAGACGACUUCGGGUGGAGACGGCAGCCAUAGCCUCUCUCUCUGCUCUCAUUCUCAUGAGUGAAAGCCCCGUCAUUUCUUCACCCCCCUCGAAAAACCUUUUCUCUCUCGAAUGCCAUUAGCAUCUCCGCCAGCUUCCUUCCUACGGGAAAAGAGAUGAUGUUGCCAAACUCGUUGACAAGAGCAUCUGCCACGUCCUCAUUACUUCGGAGGGCGCUGCAAAGACCCAAUCCAUGUGCCGUCUGCCUGUAGAAGCCUCAUGUGGCCCACCUGAUGAAAGCGCAAGCAAACUUUUGCGCAGCCGGCACAGGCUGCCCCCAGUGCGUUGUCUGACGUUGGAUGUGACGGCCAGUGCGGGCGAUGAUGAAGAGGACGAUGAACAUCAAAUCGCCAUCCCAGUCCUCGACGCCGGAGGUGCCCAUGUGCAGUUCGAUGAGUCGGCUCGCAGACAAUUGGACAGAGACAGCUGUGGAUAUGGCUACUUCAAACACCCACAACGAUGUUGUAGGAGAGGUUGUUCCACAGUGUCACGGAAUGUGGCGUGGGAUUUGAAUUGCUUCCUUCCCACUGCACACCAGCUUCGUAGCGAUAGCUUCCAUGCAAUGGUCCAGACAGGACUGCGGGAGUUCACAGUGUCCGCCAGCCAUAUACUGCCCUUUGUCCCUGCCUUUCUUGCUCAAUGUCACACAGUUGCUGCUCAUUGUCACCCAGGACUGGGAGUCGGACACUUAAUAUGUCCACUGGUGCUCCACAAGUUGGACAAAAUGCUCACACUUCUCCAAUUUCAGAAAAACGGCGCCGCAUUGCUGCAUAACGGACUCGGCGGUGAGGUCCUGUCGUUUUUGGGAAAGAAUAUCGUGUAGUCCUUAUCCUUAUGCUCUUAAAUUACUCUUAAAGCGAAUCGCAGGUCUCGCGUAAUGCUCCCAUGCGAGGACCGGAGUGCCAAUGUUGAGAAAGAGGUCGGGGACCCAGGCCGGGCCCAAUGAAAGUGUGGUGCACUC